AUGGUUAAUGGAAUUGCGUACCCAACUUUUAAACAAGCAGCUGAACAUCAUGGUUUGUUAGAGCAUGAUGAUAGCAUACGACAAUGUUUGUUAAAAGCUGCAACCAUGCACAUGCCAUUGGCUUUAAGGAGAUUGUUCGUUACAAUUUUGGUUUACUGUGUACCAACAGGGGUGCGAAGUUUGUGGGAUGAAAUUUAUCCUUACUUGAUUGAAGAUUACAUAUCUUCAAACAGUAUGAAUAAUAUGUAUAUCCUUAACAAAACCCUACAAGAUAUAAACCGUCUCCUACUACAGCAUAAUAAGAACAUAUCAGAAUACGAUUUGCCUGAGAUGACAAUAAAUUUGGAUGAUAAUUCAACAGUUCCAAAGGUCAUACAAGAUGAGAGGAACUGGAAAGACAUAUUGGCCUCAGUGAGAAGUCAAGGGAGAAUUGCCAUUGCAAUAGCAACUUCUGGAAUUGCAGCUACACUUUUACCUGGUGGAAGGACAGCCCAUUCAAGAUUCAAGAUCCCCUUAAAUCCAGAGGCUUCGUCCGUGUGUUCCAUUACUAAACAAUUAGAUUUAGCAGAACUGAUUAGACGUGCAACGGUCAUCAUUUGGAAUGAAGCUACAAUGACAAAUCGUUAUGCUUUUGAAGCCUUGAAUCGAACACUCAUAGACAUCACCGGUGUUGAUUAUCCAUUUGGUGGCAAAAUUAUGGUGUUUGGUGGUGAUUUUCGACAAGUACUUCCAAUUGUUCCUAAAGGUACAAAAGCUGAAACUAUUACUGCAUCGAUAGUCAAAUCACCUCUUUGGAGUCACAUUCAAAUACUUCGUUUAAAGCAAAACAUGCGCUCUAUAAAUGACCAACAGUUUGGUGAAUUUCUUUUAUCUGUUGGAAAUGGUGUACAACCUACCAUUAUAGAUGAAAUGAUCAAAGUACCAACAUCGAUGGCAAUACCAUGGAAUGGCGAAGAAUCAAUAGUUCAACUAUUAGAAGAAAUUUAUCCUGAUAUCAUAAACCAUUCUUUUGACGCCGAGUAUAUGGUUAGUAGGGGCAUAAUAACUCCUCACAAUGAAGAUGUCGACAAGCUCAAUGAGAAAAUCAUUCAGAGAUUUCCAGGAGAAUCAAGAGUGUACCACUCAUUUGAUAAAGUUGAAAAUGAUACCCAAAAUUUGUAUCAACAAGAGUUUUUAAAUUCCAUUUCACCAGGAGGAAUGCCCCCACAUGCAUUGCAUUUGAAAGUUGGAGCCCCAAUUAUGCUUUUGAGGAAUCUUGACCCUUCUUCUGGUUUGUGCAAUGGCACAAGGCUACUGUGUCGAGCUUUGAACGAUAAUUUCAUAGAUUCAGAGAUUUUAACAGGACAUUUCAAAGGCACGAGAGUUUUCCUACAUCGCAUUCCAUUAAAGGCUCCGGAAAACUUAAAACUUCCAUUUGAAAUGACUCACACACAAUUUCCAGUUCGCCUUAGUUUUACUUUGACGAUAAAUAAAUCACAAGGUCAAACAAUUCCACAUGUGGGAAUUUACCUUCCCGAUCAUGAUAUGUUCAAAAAUCAACUAUAUGUUGCUUUAUCUCGAGGAGUGUCAGAUCAAACAACGAAAGUCUUGGUUAAAAAGGGUUCAGUUAAUAAUGAAGAAGGAGUAUAUACCCGCAAUGUAGUCUACAAAGACGUUUUGUUACCAAAUUAUUGA